GAGAAAAAAAAUGUCUGCGCCCAUGAAAACAUGAUUGUAAAUAAACACCCAAGAACGUUCAUUUUAAAACGGCUUCUAAACCAAUACAGUCAAGUGAGAUUUCUCCAAAGUUCUUCAACAGAAGAGUAUGAUCUUGUUGUUAUUGGUGGGGGGUCAGGAGGGCUAGCUUGUGCCAAAGCAGCCUCCCAGCUUCAAAAGAAGGUGGCCGUCUUGGAUUUUGUGACCCCUUCUACUCAAGGGACAACAUGGGGGUUAGGAGGUACUUGUGUCAAUGUGGGGUGUAUCCCUAAGAAGUUGAUGCACCAUGCAGCUCUCCUGGGGGAGGCCAUUAAAGAUUCUAAGGCCUAUGGUUGGAGUGUUCCAGACCUAAUCCAGAAUGACUGGGAAACGCUGUCAACUGCUGUUCAGAAUCACGUGAAAUCCUUAAACUGGGGCCACAGGGUACAGCUCAGGGACAAAGGUGUAGAGUACAUCAAUGGUUUGGGGAGUUUUGUAGACAGACAGACAGUUAAAGUUACAGACAACAAGGGGAAGCAGAAACUUUUGAAAACCAAGAACACUGUGAUAGCCGUAGGAGGCAGACCAUAUAUUCCAUCUCAUAUACCCGGUGCUUUGGAGUAUUCCAUUUCUAGUGAUGACCUUUUUUGGUUGAAGAAAUCACCAGGAAAAACAUUGGUUAUAGGUGCUAGCUAUAUAGCUUUAGAGUGUGGUGGUUUUCUACGUGGUUUAGGGUUAGACACCACAGUAAUGGUCCGAUCCAUACCUCUAAGGCAGUUUGAUCAGCAAAUGGCCAGUCUGGUCACCGAUUACAUGGAAUCAAAUGGCACAAAGUUCCUGAAGACCUGUGUUCCGGUCAGCAUAGAGAAGACGACUGGAGGUCAACUGGUUGUGAAAUAUGAAAAUCUAACAGACAAACAGACCAAAGAGGAAGUCUUUGAUACAGUCAUGUUUGCCACAGGACGACAUGCUGUGGUGAGAAAUCUUAAUUUAGAAGGAAUAGGAGUAGAGAUUGACCAAACAACACAGAAAGUUAUUGGGGACCAUGGCGGGGACCAUGAGAGGAGCAGUGUUCCAAAUAUUUAUGCUAUAGGUGAUAUAUUACAUAAAAGGCCAGAACUGACACCAGUAGCUAUAAAGGCUGGGCAGCUAUUAGCAGAGAGACUGUUUGGGGGUAGUCAAGUACAGAUGAACUAUGAUCUGGUGCCGACCACAGUAUUUACCCCCCUGGAGUAUGGGGUUGUGGGUAUCUCUGAAGAAGAGGCCAUAGCACGACAUGGGGAGGAAAAUAUUGAGGUAUACCACGCAUUUUAUACACCGCUGGAGUUUGUGGUUCCUCAGAGAAAUUCCUCACAGUGCUACAUUAAGGUCGUUUGUUUUGGUGACCGGGUGUUAGGACUUCAUCUGAUUGGUCCGAAUGCCGGUGAAGUUAUUCAGGGAUUCGCAGUGGCUUUAAGAUGCGGAGCGACUUGGAGUGGUAUAUCUGGAAGCGUAGGAAUACAUCCUACGUCAGCAGAGGAAAUCGUCAAGCUUCAUAUCACUAAGAGGUCAGGACUUGACCCCACGGUCACGGGCUGCUGAGGUUAAUUCUCCUCGCACGUGUUCGGCUAGUUUACGUCUUUUUUUUGAAUUUGCUUACCGGUAUUUAUUUUAUAUCAGGUGCUGUGUUUGCUGACAUUUAUUUAUAUUGGUACAUGUAUUUUGUACUAUUUUUAGUAUAGUAUAUAACUAAUGUAAUGAAUAUAAGUACUGUGAAUUUUAUAUAACCUUAACUUAAUUUCGAAUAUAAGUUUGUUUAUUGAACAAUCAAUGCAGUGUUUUUAAAUAGAAAAUGUUAUGAAUGUGAGAUAACCAAUCAAAAUAUGUGUGUCAGAGGAAUUAUAUUUUUGGAUGCCAUUGAUGUUUUAUGAAUAAUUAGUAAGCUAGUCGGAUGUGGAGCGAGGACGGGUUUUUCUGGGACUCAAUCAUUCACCUGGAAUGAAAAUCCAAAUCUAAUCUUGUCAAAGAGAUUCGGAUCUGAUGUAACAGGUGUCACGUGACUUAGUUUACCAUGUCUUUAUUGUUUAUCAUGUGCGAUGCAGAAUUCCACUGUCACAUUGCAUUUCUGUAAUGUCAUUAAACCACGUUACUGAUUGUAAA